AUGACGACGGAAGCCGCAUUAGCUUUUAGGCAGAAGGCCCUGUUCGAGAUGGUUAUUGAGACGGUUGAGGAGGAUUCGUGCGAAGAUCUUCCCGGCGAUGUUCAGCAAGGAGAUGCCACGGUGAUUGUCGCAGACUUGGUGGUUCCCUUUUCGCUUGUAGAGAUGCACGAUGGUUGCGUCUUUGAAAUCUUGCGGGACUUCGCCUUGGCGCCACAUCUCCUGGAAGAGCGCAGUCAGGUGAUCCAUCAGUUGGGGACCUCCGUGCUUGUAGACCUCAGCAGGGAUUGCGUCCGAUCCGGGUGCUUUCCCGCUGGAGAGCUGCUGCACGUCCCUGAUGGUUUCCUGGAGAGAUGGCGGGAGGUCGAGGUCCACGUUGGUCUGCACUUGCGGCAAACGGGCGAUGGCGGCGUCGGAGAUGGCGGAGGGGUGGCUGAGGACGCCUCGGAAAUGCUCGGCCUAUCUCUGUAGGAUUUGCGUCUUCUCAGUCAGGAGAGUGUUGUCGUCGGCGCUGAGGAGAGGAGCAGUGUCCUUCGUUGGCGGACUGUAGACAGCUUUGAUCGCGGAGAAGAAUUUCUUCCAUUCGUUGCAGUCCGCGUAGACCUGAAUCUCCUCAGCUUUGCGAGCAGUCAAGGCGUCCUGCAUCUCGCGCAGUCGUUGCUGAAGGUGGCGGCGACUGCGGUAAAAAGCAGCUUUGUUGUCCUCGGUGGGGUGACCUACGUAGGCUUUGUGUAG